AAAUAGAUACUAAAUGAGUCCGAACAUGCAGUUUGCACUAUGCAAACAAAAUAUUUCAGAUGAAUUGUAAUAUUUGUAAUCAACACAAAACGUUAGCAGUCUUUGUGAACAUUUGAUCUGAACUUGGUCGUUGUAAGAGCAGGAGUAACCGCCCUUGAAUAUAUUUCAAAAUGAGUGAUCCGCUGCCAGACUAUUAUGAAAAAGGCAGACCUCAUCCUCAUAGACAAAGAGGUUCGCAGCCACAUCCGUAUGGACAAAGAGGUCCACAGCCACAGUCGUAUGGACAAAGAGGUCCGCAGCCACAACCGCACGGACAAGGAGGUCCACAACCAUAUGAACAUAUGGCUCUCAGCCAACCAUAUGAUCCAGGUCAAAUGAAUCCCCAGCAACAAUACGGCCAACAUCCGCAACCAAUGAUGAUGCAUCCACAACAUCACACAUCCACUACCGUGAUCGUCCAGCAACCGACUGCCGUUCAGAACAAUCGUAUCCUUGGCCCUAAAGACGGACAUAGAGAAUGGAGCAGCGGACUUUUCUCUUGUUGUGAUGAUGUUGGAAAAUGUAUUUGGGCAUGGUACUGCACGAGUUGUGUACUGGCUGAUAUCUCUGCUAGACUUGGAGAAUGUUCUUGUGUGACAUGCUGUGUUCCCGGGGGACUUGCUACUAUCCGUACACGUGUUCGAACUCUUGGUGGUAUCAGGGGAUCAAUCUGCAAAGAUUAUUUGGCUACAGAAUGCUGUUACUUUUGUGCCAUUUGCCAGCUACAGCGAGAACUAGAAUAUAUGGGACUCUAACCUGUAUAUAAUACCUACAUCGAGAACUUGAAUACAUGGGGCAUGCAUAUUCAUUAUAUACGUAUAUUAAAUUUUGUCAAAAAUGCAGCUUGUAUUUCACAAGUUAAUGUGAACAGGCAGACAAAACAUUUCGAAUUAUAUCUAUUGUAUUGUAUGUUGCGGACUACUUUCAUUUAAUAUACAUGACACACUUCUAAAUAGCCGCUCAUAAAAACUUCUGUCAUUUUUAUUCUAACAUCGAUAAAGAUUUAAUAUUUUGAUCGGAAACAAAACAACAAACAUAAAGGUGGAGGUAUAUAUCAAAAGGGUCAUUACAACAUUAGCUAGAUCUGUAGAUCUGGGAUUUAUAUUCGGCUCCCGUGGAUUUUGCAAGAACUGAUCACAUUCGGUGCUUUGGCGCCUAGUGAGAUCCGACAUUGCGAAAUCGACUCGAGCCGAAUACGGCACACCAGAUCGAGCUACUAUUAUAAUAACUGUAUCGUAUUUUACUAAUACAGCGAGAACGGACUUUAAUUUGUAUUUAAGAAAUAAAAAUAAAUGUAUAAAACUUUAA